UGCUGCUGGCAAACAAGUGGUGGAGGAUGUGGGGUAUACGUACGUACUCACCAUUGGAGCCAAACGAAAGCUACCUGCACUAGGCUGCACUAGGUACGAAUGUACGCAUCUCUCACUCUGGCUACUACAAUCUCCCCUUUUUUUUUUUUUUGACAAAUUGAUCCUUCUCAAAAACUUAUUUUGAAACUAGUCCUUGCAAAAAACUUCAACCAAAAAUAGACCGUCGACUCAGCGCCAAGGACAUUGGCGCUGAUCUAUAACGUCUCAGCGCCAACAUUAUUGGCGCUAAGUCCUAAUCCGAGGUGGAAUGGAUUUGCUGAGUCAUCAUAGCUCAGCGCCAAAUAGGUUGGCGCUGAGGUCUUGACGAUCUAAAUCAAUGUGAAGGCAACCUUUUUCAAUGAGACACCUAUAGCACAAGGGAAAAGUACACGCAAGGUCCCUCAACUUGUCAUCGAGAUACAAAAUCGUCACUAAACCGCAAAACCGGACAUCCGGCAUCCCCCAACUUACAAAACCGGUCAUAAAAGGUCCCUCGGCGGUUUUCACCCCGGUUUUGUCCCACGUGGUGGCUGACUCAGCGUGGGACCCACGUGGGCCCCACAUGUCAUGGAGACCACGUCAGCCUCCUCUCUCUCUUCUCUUUCCCUUCCUCUCCCUUCCUCAUCUCUCUCUCUCACUUAUCUGCAAAGCUAGCCGGGGCGAGCAGGAGAGGAGGAGGGCGGCACCACGACGGCGACAGCGGCGGCGGCGGCCGUAGUGGGGAAGCACGGCGGAGGCGCGGGGAGCCCGGAACCCUGCCGACGACGGCGAGCCUGUAGCCCUUGAGCCCGACGAACUUUGCUACCUGGGCGCCGAUGCCGUACUCGCGGGAGUCGACAGCGAGGCCGAGCUCGACGUUGGCCUGGACGGUGUCAUGGCCGUCGUCCAGGAGGUUGUAGGUGCGGUGGCCAUGCGACCAGGGGAGCAAGGUGUCGGCGGCGACAACGCGGGAGCAGGGGAGCAAGGCGGCGGCGACGGGCGCGGCCUUGACCUCGCCACGGUGCGCAGCCUCAACGGCGUCCGCGUGGCCGACAAGAUCCUGCGGCUUGUCCCUGACGCCGCCGCGUUCCACACCACGCUGCGGUGCGUGAAGGAAUCGACAAGCUGCUCAGAGGAUUCGACGGCGCCGCGCCGUCGCAUCAUCCGUCGUCGUCUUGCAGCCAGCAAGGAGCCGCGGCGGCAGCGGGAGCGGGAGGCCGUCUCCGCCGCGGCCGCCUCGACGCCGAGGAUCUCCGGGCGGCGCGGCCGACGGGGAAGGAGCGGCGGAGAGGAGAUCGACCGGCCGGCUCCCCACCCGGCGAACGCGAGCGCGAGUGUGAGGUUCAUGCUGGGCGGUGACGCGACGGCGGAGACACGGGACAACAAGCUCGGCGGCGGCAGGUGAGCGCGGCUGCGGAUGGGGAGCGGCGGCGCCGACGACUCCACGCCGCUCGGCCUCAUCGUCGUCGGCGGCUCCGGGCGCGAGCGGAGGUCUCCUCUGAUAGGCGAUGGCGGCCACGGUCACCGCGCCACUGUACGCGGCGGGGGCGUCGCACCGCCUGCUUCUCGUCGCUCGUCCGCCAUCACCGACCGCACGAGGGGGACGAGGAGGCCGGCGAGCUCGCGGCGCCCUGAGCCCGCGCGCCGCCACCGGGGAGUUGCCGUCGCCGGCCGCACCACCCUCCGGCCGCGCGCGCCGCCGCCUGUGCGAGAGCAGAGAGCGAGAGGAAGGAAGGAGAGAGAGAGAGGAGAAAAAGAGAGAGGGUGCUGACAUGGUCUCCAUGACCUGUGGGGCCCACGUGGGUCCCACGCUGAGUCAGCCGCCACGUGGGACAAAACCGGGGUCAAAACCGCCGAGGGACCUUCUGUGACCGGUUUUGUAAGUUGGGGGACGCUGGAUGUCCGGUUUUGCGGUUCGGGGACGAUUUUGUAUCUCGCUGACAAGUUGAGGGACCUUGCGUGUACUUUUCCCAUAGCACAAUGGUAGCAAGCUGCAGCUAUAGCCCCAUGGGCCAGGGUUCGAAUCCAAUCUCUCCCAAUUUUUUUUCCUUUUUCAGUUUCCCCUUUCUCUUUUAUCUAUCUUUAUCUAUAUUUUUUCCCAUUUCUCUUUUUUCUCUCUUUAUUUAUUUAUAUGUUAUUUUUCUUUUCGGUUCUCUUGUUUUCUUUUCUCUCUCUUUAUCUAUAUUUUUCCUUUUCUGUUUGUCUCGUAAUAUUAUCUUCAAAAGAUAUGCUUUAUUUGCAACUA